AUGGCCCUUGGGUCACUCUUCUCUACUGCAGAACACUGCCCCGUGGCUGCUGGCAGAUCAAUUCGGGGAUCUGGGAAGCCGGCACGAGAUCCGAGACCCACACGAAGCCACAAAGAGACACGCAAAUAUAGAGGAAGGAGCGACAAAUAUAGAGGAAGGAGCGACAAAUAUAGAGGAAGGAGCGACAAUAUGUCAUCCGAAAAAGCCGCUCUUGUGAGUCCCCCAAAAGGGGGCCCCAAAAGGGGAAUCGCUCCGACGUCAUUCGCCGAUGCCUUGAAGCGGGGCAGCGUCUUCCUGCCGUUUAAGGAGGCCAGCAAUUUUGAGCUGUUCCUUCUAUGCAUUAGUUUCCUGUUUGCGGCCGCCGCAGGCAGCAUGUUGCCUUACUUCAUGCGGUCGUUUGGGUCCACAAUAAACAACCUACAUACCACCAUGGAUGUGAGCGGCACGGUGAAGGAGAUGGCUAUCGCUGGGGGCGUAACUUUGGUGCUCCAGGCAAUUGCAUGUAUGUGCAUGGAGAUAUGUGCAGAUCGUGUAACGGCGCGCAUGCGUUGCCGGUACGUGGAUUCUGUGCUGUCUCAGUCUAUGAGUUGGUACGACACGAACGAUGCUGCCUCCUUGUCUGCGCGCCUGGAUGUUUGUUUGGCAUCCGUGCGGGAUGGUAUUGGCAUGAAGCUCGUGGCAAUUCCCUCGAACGUAGUGCUUAUUAUUGGGUCCAUAGUUAUCGCCUUCAUGAGCUGCUGGUCCAUCACUCUGUGCUCGCUAGUCGGUCUCUUGCCAGCGGCCUUCUCUGGAGCAGUUCUUGGAUGGGCAAUGCGCACAACCUCGACCAAGGUGAACAAAGCGCUGGAGGAGGCGGGAUCUGUAGCCACGGAGACCUUCAGCAGUAUGAGGACUGUUGUUGCUUUUGGAGGGGAGAAUGUAGCUAUCGAGAGAUACACGCACCACAACAGAGAGGCAGAGAAGGCCGGCAUUUGGGGGGGCUUCCUCUCCGGUCUGGGCAUAGGAGGCCUCAUCUCAUCCGUCUUUGCAAUGUUUGCGCUUGUUUUCUAUCUGAGCGGGGGCAAAGUAGCAAGAGGCAUGGAAGACAUAAUCGCGAGUCUCCCACCAGGUGGCGAAGCCAUCUUCCAGCAGCCCCCCUCGAUGUGGCCGAGGCCAGAGUUCGAGGGUGGGUCGGCAUUUGUGAUUUCCGUCUGUCUCCUCAUGGCUUCCUUCACACUAGGCAACAUAGCAGAGAACAUAUCGCUGCUCAUGAAGGCCGUGAAAUCUGCGGAGACGAUAUACGAAGUCAUUGAGGAGCCCUCAGCGAUCGACCCAACAGACCCCACAGGAGACAAGGACGUGGCUCUGGACGGCGAUAUCGUGUUCGAUUCCGUCACUUUCUCCUAUCCGUCGAGACCAGGGGCCGUCAUUUUGAAAAACUUUUCGCUAAGAAUCCCAGCAGGGAAGUCCGUCGCGUUUGUUGGCCCCUCCGGCUGUGGCAAAUCAACUAUCCUGCAACUCACUCAGCGUAUCUAUGACCCCGUCGAAGGGAAAAUUUCAAUUGCUGGACGGGAUCUGACGAGCCUGAAUACGCGAUGGUAUCGGUCGCGCCUCGGGGUGGUCAUGCAAGAGCCUCGACUCUUCUCUACAACUAUUGAAGAGAACAUCCGCCUGGGUUGCCCUGAAGCCAAAACCCUAGCAGAUCUCGAAGUCGUGGCUCAACAAGCUCAUGUCUCCGCGUUCGUAGAUCAGCUGCCCUUGCGGUAUCAAACAAUGUGCGGAACUGGCGGUGCUCAGUUAUCGGGAGGGCAGAAACAGCGCGUGGCCUUGGCUCGGGCCUUGUUGCGGCAGCCCGCGGUCCUUAUCUUAGACGAGGCUACUUCUGCUCUGGAUAACAAGUCCGAAAAGGCAGUUCAAAAGGCGCUGGAUGGUGUUAUAAGCACGUCCAGCGCCACCACUCUAAUCGUCGCCCACAGGCUGACCACAAUUCAGAAGGUGGACGAGAUCAUUGUUUUGGAUAACCGAGGCGAUGGUGCAGAAGUUGUGCAGAGGGGGACUCACGACGAGCUUCUCAAGGAUACGCAGGGACUAUACUAUAAUCUCUUCCAAUCGCAAGACGGAAGUAAGGGCCUUCAGGAGCAGGCACCUGUAAAGCACCCUUCUAUGAGUCAUUCAGCUGAGGGCGCAACCACCGCGGUAGGAUUCCCUUCCUGUGAACAUCAAGAAACGGAAGAUGAUGACUUGCUGUUACCCGCGACGCCCGUGGAUGGCGGUGUCUCUGCUCUCGAGCUCAUGGAGUCAAGUGUGGGGCUCAAUGCCACCAGUUUUUUGGCACGACUGACGGAUAAGGGCUUGACUCCACCCCCCAAAGGCAGAGCGCGUCUUCGCCGCGCCGUGCGUAUGCUGGCUCCCGAAUGGUUCAUGUUUACGGUGAUGAUUAUCUCCUCUGCGCUCUCUGGAGCCAGCUUCCCUUUGAUGGGUCUUCUCCUGGGCAACUUUCUCACGGUGCUGUUCAAGCCAGAUCCCGCGGAAUUGAGGGACGAGACGGACUUCUGGGCGCUUAUCAUACUCAUUUAUUUUAUCGUGCGGUUCCCCAUCGAGGCUCUGAAACAGUAUUGCAAAGAGUACCUUGGAGCCCGUCUCUCUUACCGACUACGAGAGCGGGCCUUCACCAACAUUGUGCACCAAGACAUCGCCUUCUUUGACGACACAAAAAACAAUACGGGGAUACUGUGCUCCAUUCUUUCGGCUGAUGUGGCUUCUGUGACCACCGCCGCAACUGGAAACUUUGUGAGUGCUUUCCACGGAUUCUUCUCCUUUGCCGUUGGUAUUGCGAUCGGGUUCUGGUACUCCUGGCGCCUUGCUCUAGUCCUCCUCGCGACCUUCAUUUUAUCUGCUGGUGCUGUGGCCGUUGACUACGCGCUCAACAGGCCAGCGCUCAAUGCAGCGGGAGGCAGCUCAAAGAAGAAGAAAGAGGACUCUGCCUCGGCUAUCUUUGCUGAGGCCGUUUCUGGCAUCCGCGUGGUGAUGUCAUUCGGGCUUGAGGGGCACUUCUCCCAUUUGUACGAGCAAGCAGCAACAAGCGAGCUGGGCAAGAAGGCCUGCACCGCAUUCGGCUUUGGCAUAUCCUGGGGGAUUUCCCAGAGUAUGCAGUUUUUCGUUUUUUCUUUGGCUCUAUGGUACGGAACCAAGCUCGCCAAUGAAGGGGAAAUCAGCACAUCUGCCGUCCUGAACACUGUUUUCCCCAUCGUUUUUGCCGCCACUGGGCUGGGCGUCGCCUCCACGUAUAGUGCAGAUGCCAAAAACGCACAGAAGGCUCUGGUGGAUGUCUUCCGUGUCAUCGACAGACCGUCACGGAUCGACGUGCGGGAUGCCCUAGACGGCUCCGGGGAUAUGCUGGAGAACUUCACCGGAUCUGUGGAGUACAAGGAUGUCUCCUUCUGCUACCCCAAUAGGCCGGAGCAGCCCGUAUACAAAAAUCUUACAUUCUCGAUUCAGCCGGGAGAAAGCGUUGCUCUUGUUGGAGCUUCUGGAUGCGGCAAAUCAACGGCUGUGCAGCUGCUACUGCGUUACUACGAUUUGGACGACAGCACUAGAGUGCAGGCAGACAGAGCGAAAACUAAGGAGGCACACCGUGUGGGGCGUAUCCUAGUCGACUCCACGAACUUGAAAGACGCCAACCUUAUUCGCCUGCGGUCUCUCAUUGGCCUUGUCAGCCAAGAGCCAGUUCUCUUCAACCUCAGCAUUGGAGAUUGCAUUCGUUACUCAAAACCCAACGCCACGCAGGAAGAGGUGGAGGAGGCAGCUCGUAUGGCGAAUACCCAUGGAUUCAUCUCCGCACUGCCUCAAGGCUACAACACAAAUGUUGGAACUGCGGGAGCGCAGCUCUCUGGAGGCCAGAGACAGCGUAUCGCCAUUGCUAGGGCUCUCCUCAGGAAUCCUAAAAUCUUGAUUCUGGAUGAGGCGACAUCGGCCUUGGAUGCAGAGAGCGAGAAGCAGGUACAGGCCACAUUGGAUAAACUUGUUGCUGAGGAUGCAAAGAGAAGCACCAUCAUAAUAGCUCACAGGCUUUCAACUGUCCGGACAGCGGACAAGAUUAUGGUCCUUCAAAACGAAAACGCGGAGGGGAGCCAAGUUGUAGAGAUGGGCAACCAUGAGCAGCUCAUGAAUAUUCCCAAUGGUAUCUACCGGGGCCUCGUGCUGAGCGCAACGGAAGAGGGAUGA